AGUUGGGCGUCCAUACAAAUCAGUCUCCAACCAAAACGACAUUAAACUAUCCCAAUACGUAUAGCUCUCCGUUUUAUUGAGUCUCGCUACUCAUGGUAUAUGGUAUCCCUUCUGCCAUCCAGAAGAUGAGCUGAGAGUGCGUUGUAACCAUGGAUGGUCCCGUCGGUGCUGUGGAUGACCACCACAUACCGCCUCCCCGACUUUUCGAGCGACUACGCCAGAUCCGCGGGUACACCUGGGACGAGACCCGGCCGCCCAUUCUCUCGAGCUACGAUAGCUGGCGUAUCUUCGGCACCAAACAUGGCGCGCCGACUUCAGUAGGACCCUUCAAAGAUGCCGCUGACCCUAAGAGCCACUUGCACACCAGUGCGACCAAGAGCUCCUUAGUUACAUACCGCGAGGCCGAAGGUGCCCCUGGGGUCAACGACAGCGAGACGGCCGAGCCACUGGUCCAUGUCAUUGCGAAAAUAUCAACGCAUACGCUGCGGGAGGAACGGGCUUUCCAUAUAUGCUCGAACCUGUUCCACUCGGUCGAUCCGCAGGGGAACCAUAUAGCCAGGCCGGUAGACCUGCUUAGGUUGGCCCGGCAGCAGGGUGAUAAGGGUCCAUUGGUGGUGUCCAUCUUCGAGGCACCUGGGAAGAACUCCCUCCUUAAGUAUAUAGAGUUUGGCCCAGCAGGGCAAAAUCUACAGACAGCAUGUCAACUGAUACCCCUUCCGGUUUUUCUUGACUUUGCUAUUGGAGCAACGGAGUGUCUAGAGAUUUUACACCACGGUCAACGUAUAGUCCAUGGAGAAAUCAGAGGCGAUGCGUUUAACUUCGAUGAGACUACGGGUCAAACCCGGCUUAUUAACUUUGGAUCCGGGCUGCGGUCGUUUGAGCAUGGUCUCACGAGCCAUGGCUGGUCAACGUUGUCUAAGGAGGCUGGCGCAAAGACCAAGCUGUCAUUUAUAAGCCCAGAACAGACUGGACGAAUGCCUGCAGAGCCUGAUAGUAGGACCGACAUAUACUCCCUGGGGAUACUUUUCUGGACGCUGCUCACACAAAAGCCUGCCUUCGAUGGCCCCACUCCGAUGGACAUCAUACAAAGCGUCCUCGGAAGGCGGUUGCCGUCUGUGUCGACAGUCAGACUCGAGGUCCCCGAUAUACUAGGCCGUAUUAUAGCGAAAAUGACUGCUAAGGACAUUAGUGAACGAUAUCACUCCGCCAGCGGACUUCGUCAUGAUUUGGCCGAGGUCCAGAAGCUACUUGGGAAUGGAGAUUCAAUAGCCUUGGGCAAUCUAAACCUAGCCACCAAAGACGUAUCUUCGUUUUUCAUCCUCCCAUCGAUAAUGAUCGGUCGUGAAGAAGAGCGGGAUGAGAUCGUCAAAAUUAUCGACAAAGUAUCCAAAGAGCAUACAACAAGCCAAAAGCAGAGCCCCAACGUGCUCUCGUCUCGAUCCAGCAUAUCAGAUGGCCGCCCCGAGUCCUUGGAUAUCGCAGACGACAUCAGCGAGCACACGAGCUCGGCAGGGAGUAAAAGCAACGGCACAGCAAUAUCUGGGCAAAACGCUCAGCGAUUACACCAUGCUUUAUCGUCUGCCUCUAGGGCAAGUUCACAGUCUCACGCAACCAAGGAUUCGGCACAUGGGGACACCCAGCCGAAGCCCUGGAGCAAAAUCGACUCUCAAAGCACAACUGGUGGGAUGUCUACGAGUAGCGACACGCAGAGGAGCACGUCCGAAGGGGCUGGAAGCAUAAGCCAGAAGAACGUGCAUAAGUUCAGCAGGAAAGGCCGCUGUGAGGUGAUCUCCAUUGCUGGGGCUGGGGGCCUUGGCAAGAGUCGCCUUGUCCACAGCGUGCAAGUUGAGGCUCGAAGGCGUGGAUACUUUGCUUCAUCAAAAUUUGAUUCCGCUCAGCGAACUCCAUUUGGCCCGUUACUCAAACUAUUAUCAUCCCUUUUUAAGCAAGUCUUCUCGGAGAACGAUACUGAUACGCCAUUCCAUCAAAUCUUGAAGCAUUAUGUUAGACCUGUUUGGCCAAUUCUCCACAAAGUCCUCGGCCUCCCGGAAUUCUUGCUGGGAUCUGACAAUACACUGAACCGCCGUCCAUCGCAGCUCCAACCGACUUACAAUAAAAGUAUACGCGCUGACCAAAGCCGACGAGACUCGACCAGCACCCGGGUUAGCCUCUAUAGCAUUUCCCUGACCUCGCAAACCUCCCAAGAAUUCCUUCGAGCCGGUUCAGCCACGAAAUCAGCGAGGCUAAUGAAUACAUUCCUCGACGUGUUGCGCGUCUUUGCCCAGUGCAAAUUCCUCUGUUUCUGUCUGGAUGAUCUUCAGUUUGCCGAUGAUGAAUCUCUGGAACUAAUCUCACAACUAAUCUCUUCCAAGGUGAAGGUUGUCCUCAUUGUGACUUACAGGCCAGAAGAGAUGUUGCCGGAGCAGAUCAAAAGCAUUAUUGAACCCCCAGGGACAGACGGGCUCCGGAACAUUAAAACUGGUGGAGUGAGCGUAACAAGAAUCGUAUUGAAGCCAUUAACCGAAGAUGAUAUAGCCCAAUACGUGGCUGAGUCACUACGCCGCCCAGCUGAAGAUAUUAUCCCUCUUGCGGCAGUUAUUCAGUCAAAAUCGGCAGGAAAUCCAUUUUACAUGCGUGAGAUGCUUAGCGCUUGCAACCGGAAGGGAUGCAUCUUCUAUAAUUACCAAAACUCGGUUUGGGAAUACGACCUGGAUCGAAUCUUUAGAGAAUUCUCGACAGAAACCUACCAUGAUACCCUAAAUGACGACUUCGUUACCCGCCGCCUCAGCGAGCUACCAGCCACAAGUCGAUCUAUCCUAGCAUGGGCCUCGCUGCUUGGCACAUCAUUCUCCUUUGAACUGAUCCAGCGACUUCUGAGCGGAGAAUUUGAUUACAACGAUGAUGACGAAAGCUUCCCAAAGACUCCUCUAUCGCCAGGUGAAGAGCCGGUAUCCUUCACCCACUCCCAACAAGAUGCUGUUGCUGGCCUCCAGGCCGCGAUCCAAGCGUAUAUUAUAAUGACAACAGGACAUGAUGAUAGGUUUCGAUUUGCGCACGACCGGUAUAUACAGGCAGCGUCAUCAUUGGAAAUGAGGAAUGUAGGAAAGAUGAACUUUGUGGUCGCCUGCACACUUCAAAAGUAUUACUCGUUGGAUGAGAGGCUACGAGAGUCAACAGCUGCCCAUAUUUGCGCAUCUGUCGAUAUUAUUAAGAAGCGGAUAACCCACCGCCAAUCCUUCCGGAAGAUACUUUUUGAAGGCGCCCAAACAGCAGCUGAGAACGGUGCGAGGCCGACAGCAGCCAGGUAUUACGAUCAUUGUUUCGCCUUACUUCAAGAUUCUCCUUGGGAUGACGAGAAGGAGGAUUGCUACUACGAGGAGACUCUUUCCCUUUACAUCCGAGCGGCUGAAUGCCACCAUUUUAUGGGCCACUUUGAGGAGACCACUCGUCUGCUCAGUAUUCUCUUGGAGCACGCUAAAACUGCCGUCGAAAAAUCUACAGCUUGGGUACUACAGUCUCGUAUGUAUGCUCAAACUGGAGACUCUGCAUCGGCUUUCAAAUGUCUCCGCGUUUGCCUGUCUGCGUUGGGUACUGAUGCAGAUGAAAAUCCUACAUGGGAGAAAUGUGACCAGGAGUUUGAAAGACUUUCAUUGAAGCUCGGAAGCAUCGAUCAGAAGGGGCUGAGCAUGCGACCAUUAGGAUGCAAAAGCUCCAAUCUUGAAGCCGCAGGUGCUGUACUUGUGGAGAUCAUUGCCGAUGCAUUCUGGUCGGAUCGUUUGGUCUAUUACAGCACCUCCCUGGUGAUGGUUGAUACUUGCCUUACGCAGGGAAACUUCCCGCAAUGCGGCCUGGCGUUUAUGCACCUGGCUACUAUCGCUAUCUCGCGAUUCUCGAUGAUUGAAUUCGGUAGCCAGAUGGGUAACCUUUCCCAAGACAUGAUGCACCAGUGGCAAGAUCCAUAUACCCUUGGUAUCGGUGGCACAAUAUACUCUUUGUUUGUAGGCCAUGUCCAAGCAUCGCUAUCAGAGUCUAUCCAUCAACUUGAAGGCGCGCUGGAAUAUACUAUUCAAUCCGGUGAUCGAGUCUCGACAAUAUUGAACUUCGGUGUUGUUGCUUUACUGAAGCUCUUCGGCUCGGAACACCUCGCUGAUAUAGAAUCCUUCUGCCAAUUCGGAUGCGAAGAAAUUCCAAAUUGGCAAGACGACUGCCGAGGCGGCAGCAUGCUAAUCGCCGUCCGCCAAAUUUGUCGCGCUUUGCAGGGCAAAACCAACACCGGAUCUGCUGAGCAUGUUAUGAGCGAUGAGGGUCAUGACACUGCCGAGUAUUCAAACUGGAUAAAGUCGAGGGUCGGCACGAUGGGCGACAGACCGAUCUUACUCUACCAAAGUCUCCAAGUGGCGCCACUGUUUUUGUAUGGCCACUACCAGAAAGCUGCCGAGCUCUCACGCGAAUGCUUUGAUAACCUAGACACGGUCUGGUCAGCAAGAAACACACGAUUCACGAUGCUAUUUUACGGACUAUCCCUCAGUGGUCUCAUUUGGCAAAAGGCCCAGGAUCCAUGCGUACCUGAUAAACGGUCGCUUCCCGCCGAAAUUGUCGAAGUUCUGAAAGAUCUUACGAUGCUGCGAAAGAAAAUCGUUGAGUGGCAGGCAAUUAACGAUGUUAAUUACUUGUCGUGGUCAACUCUGUUGGACGCGCAGAUAGCAGAAUUAGAGGGAGAUCACGGCUCCACGAUAAGCUUUUACGAGGCAUCUCUAGACCACUCUGCCGUCCAUGGGUUCGUUCUCGAAGAAGCUCUUGGUAAUUAUCUGUUGGCUGGAUAUUUCCUCCGCCGUACGGCUCGCAGAUCAGCCAAAUCAGCGCUCCGCGAAGCUAUGAGCCUUUUCGGCCAGAUUGGUGCAGUCGGUGUUGUCCAGCAUAUCGAAACAGAGCACAGCCUGCUUAUCCAAGGUCCCACGGGUAGCUUGCGAAGGACAGAAGUAGGCACACAAACGGAUUUUGCGGGUGACUCAGCAACGGUGCAAUUCGAUGCCCUAGAAAACAGCGGAACUGAGGAUCGCCUACAUCCCACUGGAUCCCCUGCGGAAACUAAGGGUGACCGGAUUGAUGCGUGGCAAUUGGGCUCUGCGCACGACGAUUCUGGAUCUGGGGUGCCAGCAUUGGAUAUGUUGGAUCUUAGUUCUAUUCUCAAGAGUUCGCAAGUCAUAUCAUCGGUAUUGCAAGUGGACCAGCUGCUGAAAACCAUGUGCGAAAUUAUCUUGAACAACUGCGGUGGUCUGGCAUCUUUGGCUGCAAUUAUAGUGGAAGAUGACGACUCUUCGGGCUGGAGUAUCGCCGCGAGUGGCGAUCCCGAGAAUGGUGCCGUUGCUCAUAUGCCUGGACUCCCGUUAAUCGAGACGCCACUUGUGGCUUCGAGUGUCAUUCUCUACUGCACAAGGUUCCAGGAAACUGUUUUCCUAACCGAUAUCAUCCAUGACGAGAGAUUCAGCAACGUUGCUGAUGACUGGUGGAUAAAGAAUCCCCUGGGGAAGUCAGUGAUUGCGAUCCCGAUCUCUCACGGCGUGAAACCGCUCCUAGGCGUUCUUUAUCUGGAAGGGCAACCAAACGCUUUUACAGACCGCAAUCUUACCGUUUUGCAGUUACUAGUCAACCAGAUUGGUAUAUCCUACUCGAAUGCCCUGACCUUGAAGGCAAUCGAAAAGGUCUCUGCUUCGAAUAUAUCGAUGGUUGAGUCGCAGAAGCGCGCUCUUGCCAAGGCAAAGGAGGCAGAGAUCAAGUCUCGACGAGCCGAGUCCGAAGCUAUUCGGAAUGUCAAACUUGCCGAAGAAGCUGCAAAGGCAAAAUCUAUUUUCCUCGCAAAUGUUUCUCACGAGUUGCGAACUCCACUUAAUGGUGUGAUUGGCAAUUCCGAGCUUCUCAAGGACUCAGAUCUAAGGAAGGAGCAAGCUGAGAUGGCCGAUUCUAUUCGGGUUUCGGCUGACUUGUUGCUGACCGUGAUCAAUGAUAUACUUGACUUCUCCAAGAUGGAAGCCGACAAGAUGAAGCUCUUCAUUGUAGCCUUCAAUGCUGAUGAAAUGUUACGAGAGGUUGUCCGGUCUGUUUCUUACAGCAACAGAGACAAGAGAAGCUCUCGCGAGGUGGAGAUAUUGCAGGAUAUCAACCUCCCUCAGGCACUCAUUUAUGGUGACCCCGUCAGGCUUCACCAAGUUAUUGGUAACUUGAUUGGCAACAGCUUGAAGUUCACGGAGAGUGGGUCCAUAACUGUAGGCGCUCGAAUGGAUAGCGAGUCUGCAGACGACAUACAGCUCACAUUCUGGGUGAGAGAUACUGGCAUCGGCAUUCCCCCGUCACAGCUUGCAAAGCUAUUCAAGCCUUUCAGUCAGGCAGACGCCAGCACGGCUCGCAAAUACGGCGGUAGCGGUUUAGGCCUCAGUAUUUGCAAAUCGUUGAUCGAAUCAAUGAUGAGGGGUAUGAUAAAGCUCGAAAGUACGGAAGGUGUUGGAACGACCGUCUGGUUCACCGUCACGUUUCCCAAGGCCAAUCCGGACGCUACAGCAGGAGAUAGCCAGACCGGCUCGGAUCAACGCGACCCUAUGUCGAAGUACAAGGAGCCUGAAGAGCGCCGUUCGCACCUGCCGUACGCCGACUUCAGUGAUAUAUCUCGCGAUGACCUCAGGAUAUGCAUCGCGGAAGAUAACCCGAUCAAUCAGAAGAUUGCCAUUCAAUUCGUGCAGAAACUCGGGUUUAAACACGUCGAUGCCUACGAUAAUGGCCUAGCAGCUGUCGAAGGGCUACGACAGAAGGCGAGAGAAGGCGUGCCGUACCAUCUGGUUCUAAUGGAUGUGCAGAUGCCAGUGCUGGAUGGUUACGAGGCAACGAAACUUUUACGAAGAGAUCCAAAUGAUGCGGUCAGAGCGGUUCUGGUGAUCGCCAUGACUGCGUCGGCAAUUCAAGGCGAUAGGGAAAAGUGUUUGGCGUCUGGUAUGAACGAUUACUUGGCCAAACCAGUGCGCGUACACAUACUGAAGAAGAAGCUGGAGCAAUACCUUCGACAGGAUCCUAUGCCUCUACCAAAUCUUCAAGCAGAAGCCAACAAAGUCACCGCCGAAGUAAUGAAUGCGCACAGUACAUUUGUGCCGCCUGCUGCAGCGGCACCACCACUGUCUCCAGGCCUCCGCCGACAAAGCCAGAACAUGGCAACCCCGUCCGAUACGUCUUGAAAUAUGCCUUACAUGCAUACGAUCACCAACAAGAAAAUUUUACCCAGAUACAAGCCACACUCAUAAACGCCAAAAGGACCACUAGGUCAUGGGGGAACUAGCCAAGACCAGGUUCACGGUGGAAACGAAUAACGGCGACACAGCCACCUAGUCGCCAUUACUGGCUGAAAUUCGACCAGUAGCCAUAUCAAACCAACCUCUACAACAUUGACCAGCCAAGGAAAGACCAGGGUGGCGUUCUAUCAUCCCACCCAGACAGCCUACAAUCUUGGAUUCAUCAACUCUAUCGCCAGAUCUUACAUAUCUACUUUUGCACAAACUUUUGCCCCACAAACUUUUGCACGAGCGCAGGCGUUUAAUUCCCCGUUUUUAUUUUUUUGUUGUGUUGCCAUUUUUUGGGAAGGGGGGCCACGCUCAAAGUGGCGAGCAUGAGAGGGGGAGAUGACGCCAACGCCGUCUUUUUUAUAUGAUGUAUGUAUUUUUUUGAUAUUUGCGAAAGAAAGAUACAUAAACAACGUCACGGAGACCGGGGAAGGGGGUGGUAUAUAGGGAGGAUGGAUGAAAGGCAUAUAGGGGCGAGAUUAGCAACUCACGUUUGGGGGCGUGAGUUGCUGAGAGAUGGAGGG